CAUUUUCAUAUAAGGCAUGAUGAAUUAACACUGCGAGGUUAGUCGCAUACUGAGUGAUUUCUCCUCGUCAACGUUCAAAAACCUCACUCUUAUUUUGCAAGCAAGAUGCCAAUCUCCACUCAACCGACCAGCACCAAGAAUGAUGCCCACUUGAAUGUAAUCAUUGUCGGAGCUGGCCUCGCGGGUCUUUCUGCAGCGAUCUCCAUUUCUAUUUCAGGACAUAAUGUCACGGUCCUGGAGUCAGCAAAAGAACUUUUGGAGGUCGGAGCUGGCCUCCAAUGCACGCCAAACUGCACACGCAUUCUCCAGAAAUGGGAUCUUCCCGAUGGACUGUGGCAGUCGGCCGCAGAACCAACGUCCCUAGCCGUUCAUCGAUACUCCGGCCGAACCCUGGCUAUAGAGCCAGACUUCCAUAAACAUAUUCGCAAGAAGUACGGCGCGCCAUUCAUUGAUCUCCACCGAGUCGACCUCCAGCUCGCCCUAUACGAAAAGGCGAAACAGCUCGGCGUUCAGUUCAAGCUUGGGGAUAAAGUACACAACAUUGAUUUCAGCAUCCCCGAGGUCACCACCGAGGCCGGGGCGAAGUACACCGGCGACCUCAUCGUUGCGGCUGAUGGACUCUGGUCCAAGUGUCGGUCCAAGUUCCUCGGAAGUGACGAUAAACCCAAGCCGACUGGGGACUUAGCGUAUCGGGUAGUCUUGGAUGUGAAGGAACUCGAUGAUCCGGAGCUUCGAGAAUGGGUUGAGCGCCCGACAGUGCACUUCUGGAUCGGCCCAGGCGCACAUGCCGUCGGCUACUCAAUGCGUGGUGGCCAGAUGUAUAACAUUGUGCUUCUCGUUCCUGACGAUCUGCCAUCGGAUAUUAGUCGACAGGCUGGCUCAGUGGAGGAAAUGCGACUGUUGUUCAACGACUGGGAUCCAAUCCUUGGAAGGUUUCUCAGCAAGGUCGAUAAGGUUGACAAGUGGAAACUGAUGCACAGAGAAGAACUUGAUUCAUGGAUCAACGACGAUUCAAACUUCGUCUUCGUUGGUGAUGCUUGCCAUCCGAUGCUACCCUACCUGGCCCAGGGCGCUAACUCCGCUGUUGAAGAUGGUGCAGUUCUGGGCCUGCUUCUCGGGCAUAUCAAGUCAAAGGAUCAACUACCAAAAGCUCUCUCUAUGUACGAAGCGCUACGCAAAUCGCGUGGAGAAGCUAUCGUUAGGGAAACCUUCAAGCAGCGAGAAUCUUUUCAUAUGCCCGAUGGACCAGCUCAAGAAGCCCGCGAUGAGACUUUCCUGUCUCAGUUGGGCGCUGAGGAACUGAGAGGUCCGUUCCCGAGUAGGUGGACUUGCCCGCAGGUUCAGCCUUGGCUUUAUGGUUACGAUGCGUUUGAGGUCGUUGAAGAUGCAGUAAAGCGCAGUCCUUUCACAGAAUAGAUUUUCCUGGUUACGUAGCAACAUCCACGGGUUUUAUUUAUA